CGUCAUUUCAACCACCUUGUCACCCCGUCCAAUGCGUCUGUGUGCGAGAACUGGGUCUUCUUGGCAUCCCCCAGGUGGAUUGGUCUCCAGGACUCUUUGAUUUGACAAUACAAAACUCCUACCUGGCAUGCUGUUCAAGAACUUCCAGAAAUUUUCGUUCUUCGGUUCGGCCGCUCUGGAUAUCACCUUGUGGGCACCAUCAUUCCAAUAUGCCCUGACUCACGCCGGACUUUCUGAACUGCCCAUUUGACCCUAAAUCACCUUCCGAAGCAGCGGGCGUGAUACCUCACUCGUUUGACCAAUGUGUCGCCCUUCUGUCCACCUGGUCCACGAUUGUUUAGCGUUGAAGUACCUGCCGGGAGAGACACGAUGCCUCACUUAAAAAGGCUGCUCAAAAAUCUUUCUAAUUAUCGAUCCUUGAUUUCCUUCGAACAUGUUUGCUCGCAUUUUCACUUCUGUUUUCUUCGCGUUCGCUGUCUUUGUGACUUUCGCAGCUGCCGGUUGCACGCCGACCACGACGACGAAGACCGUAACUACUACGGUGUCAACUACUGCUACCACCACGGCUACAUCGAUCCCUGCUUCUGAGUGCAGUACCGGGAAUACGCAGUGUUGUAAUGCGCUUGAGCGGGCGGACGAUUCCGCCGUGGGUGUCAUUUUCGGGCUCCUAGGUGUUGUUCUUCAGGACCUUGAGGCUCUUGUUGGCAUUACCUGUUCCCCUAUCGACCUUGUCGGAAUCGGCCAGGGAACAAAAUGCGCCAGUCAGACUGUUUGUUGUCAAAACAACACCUUCAACGGUCUCAUUGCCAUUGGUUGCGUACCCAUCAUCAUCAACCUUUAAUUCAAUCCCUACGGUGCCAGAUUGCUGGGAACCUUAUUUCUUUAGUUUGUAUUCUUGGAUUCGUGUUGUCAUUAUCAUUGGUUGCUCUUUGAAUCCAUCUGCGGUUGCAAUGAUUGCCAAUCUCGUUCGUGACGUGAGGUUCAGAGGGCACUUACUCCGCGCGGUGUUGGAGCUUAUAGAGUGAUUGUCAUGGGCUGGAAAAAUGCGGAGAAGCCAUUCAUCCAAUAAUACAGCGGGCAAGCGAGUUGUACAUUUAAGUUUAUGUAUUCACCAAUGAAGAUGGGCCG